AUGGGCGUAGUUAAUCAAAAUAUGGACAAUUGGACGGCUGAAGAGAUCUACAAACAACGAUGCCUUCGAAAUCAGAUCUUCCGAUUGCCAAAUGAGACUUGGCAACAGGCUUUUGAGCAGUAAAACAUAGUUUGCCUGCGAUUUCAACUCCUUUUAUCGUAUAAAUUUUACAAAAUUCUAUUUUUUGCAGACUUGGAAAUCGAGUUUUUUGGUCCGAAAUUGCGGCGAAUGUUAAAUUCUGCGGCGACAAAGAUACGGAGAAAUUCUGCGUGGUUGGGGAGAAUGACGUGAUUGUCUGUUCGUUUGACAAUCCACAGCAACAUUACAGUUUCAUCGAAUUGGACUUUUCCAAGGACGAAUUGGAGGGGAAAGAAGUCUACCUGUUGAAGAGGGGAGAACUGGUCAAUGUCUGGGUAGGUGAGCGUUUCCCAAUUUGGUGGCUAGGAAUAAUGAAAACAAUGUUUACGGCAGCCGAAGGCUUAGUGAAUUCGUUGGGGGUUAGGAAAGUCCACCAGGCCCAUAUUGGCACUAACUAUUGAAGUGUACAUACAAACGGAGGCUCAUCAAAUAGCAAGUGUUAUCUUUUUAGAAGAAACUAUUCUAAAUGGCCACUGCGCUUUAAAAUAAAAAAGCAGUUUGAUUUUGCCGCGAUGCAAUUAAUUUUCUCGGCGGUGAUGCGAUUUUCGAUGCGACAGAGCGAUAGCUAACAUUCAGAGCUUUAAUUUUUCGGCCAUCGUCUCUUCAAAGUCUCUAUUUCAGCUCCCAAAGAUCCAAACCAUAAACUCCUACGACGUCGCCACAUCCAAGCGAAUUUUCUCACAAAAAUUCUCAAACAAGUGUUAUGUGGCGGACGGAUCAGUAUACGAUAUACGGGCCCAACAGUUAUUCAACGGGUAUAACCAAGAGAUUCUCAACGUUCGAACGGAGGCCACGCUAAAAUGUGUUCGCUACGAUCCGGACGGGCACCACUUCUUCAGCUUCCUGUCUCAACAAGGCGCCUACACGUUGUUCAAUUCGGGAGAGGAGUUGUUCCGACAGCGGCUGUACAACGCGUCAGAGUUUGCGGUCCUCCGAGACCUCGAUUUUGUGCUGAUUUUAAGGCCGAAUGGUGAGUGAAAAGAAGUUGAAAAUGCGGAGUAAAGAUUGGAAUAGAGCAUAACGAACGCAUUGAUUUUUAGAUGAGGAAGAUUGCACUGUCGCGCAGCCGACAUCACCGCCAAAAAGCCUUGAGAUCUACGACGCACGCUUUAAGACCACUCCAAUCCGCAGUUUUGAUCUUCCAAGUGCCGAGAACUUCCUCAUCGUUGGCCAAGAAGUGAUUAUAACUUCGCCUAUUGCGGAACGAGUGGUAAGCAUUACAUACUACAUAUAACAUAUGCUAAUAUAUAUUCAGUGGCGGACCUGAUCCAGUGGCAAAAAAGGUACCAUUUUGCAUCUGGGAAGUAUCAAAAAAUGUGGCAAAAUACCUCCUUAUCCAAGUGAAAAAACUUCGAUUUCAAAAGCCCACUCUUUUUGUGAGGAAGAGGGCCCUUCAAAACCGAGUUUUUCAAUAGGAUAAGGAGGUAUUUUGCCACAUUUUUUGAUACUUCCCGAAUGCAAAAUGGCAGCUUUUUGUCGCUGGAUCAGGUCCAUCACUGUAAUAUUAUACUAUCUAUAUUUUUCUGAAAAUCAAAUUUCUGUAUAUCAGUCUGUCGGGAAAAUAAUGAGCAUAAUGUCGCUAUGCCCAUCGUGUCGCUGAAGUGAAACGCAAUUUAAUUUUGCUGUGAUGCAAUUCGUUUUCUCGACGGCGAUUCGAUUUUCGAUGCGACAGCGCGCUCAUUAUUUUCCCGACAGACUCUCAGACCACAGCAAGAGAGCGACGAGUAUGGAAUCUACACCUACUCCGAAGGCCAGUGGACCAAGAGUCUCCAAUUUUUCGGAAGCCUUUACUCGAAUCCGAAGGGAACUUUGAAAAAAUUGGUCAAAGAAUCCGAGAAUCUGAUGUGGGUCUUGGAUCCCAUGGGAACCGCCGAAUACACCGCCACUUGGAGGGUUUUGUUUGUGGAGAAAUCUGAAGGUAAGAGAGGAAAGAACAGGAUUUGGCUCUCCUUUUUUUACUGCAUAGUAUUAUCAGUUUGUCGGGAAAAUAAUGAGUGAAAUUUCGAUGCGCAAAUUUCUACGAUGAAUUGAAAAGCAAUUUGAUUUUGCCGCGACACAAUUCAUUUUCUCGGCGGCGAUUUUCGAUGCGACAUUGUGCUCAUUAUUUUCCCUACAGAUUGAUGUCAGUAAAAAAGGAUAAUCAGUCUGCCGGGAAAAUAAUGUGGAUAAAAGUAAAUCAGUCUGUCGGGAAAGUAACGUCAUUUAUCGCUUAGCGACGGCUAGCCGCAACUGGCGAUUUGGUGCGCGACUGCGACGAGGCGGGAUUUUUUUGCGACAAAUCCACAUUAUUUUCCCAUUUUCCCCGACAGACUGAUAAUAUUAGUCUUUCUAGAAACUACGUAGACUUUUUGACUUUUCGUCGCAACGCUUUUUUUCAUUUUUGCUUGUUUUCAGGGCAGCUAACAUGCCGCCAGUUCAACCGUAGCAGCCCUGAGGAGCCCAGUUUCUACAGCAAUCUUUACAAAGAGUUGCAAGAAAAGAACCUUGCAAAAUCGGAGGUCUCCGAAGAAAUGGAGACCUAG